CUGAUCAGAUGAGGAAGACAAAAAUACUGUACAAGGAAGUAAAAGUCAUUGAGUAAAAUCAUACGAAAUGCUUUUGAUUUAGUUAGCUAUGUCUUUGCAACUUUAGAAUAGUUACCGUAAUAACACAGACAACAAUUAUGGUAUUAUGGACAACAACAUUGGUAUGAAGGGGCAAUGGUAGAAUACAGUUGUUGUGAGCCAGCCUGGGUCAAUGGACUCGAGGACUUGAACCAAAGACAGUACAGUAUGGUUUAGAAACUGUUUGAACUGUGUGGCUAACGUUAGCUACUAACAGACCGCUGAACUAAUUAGCUACUCAAGCCAGCUAAGCUAACGUUAGCUAGCUUGCGCUACAACUCACACUUGAAGAAUUACGGCUCAAGUUCAACAACUUUUGUAUAACCUAGCUAGCUUUCUUCCGGUGCUACCAGGUAGGUCUGCAAGUCUUGCAUUAUCAAACUGGGUGAGAAUGAUGAGUCAGUGGCGCGAGCGUAACGUUAGCUUGCCUGCUUCCUUGUUGAUGAAUGUGAGAAGAGACCUGCACCAACUAGAUAUCAACUUUAUAGGAAUGUGUCACUUGAGUUGACUGUAAUUAAACUGAAUAAACAAAAGUUGAAGUAUUAAUUUAGUCAUUGUUGAAUGGUUAGUUUUCUGUCAUUAUUCAUGUAGCCUGACUUUUGUCUGUGAAGUAAUUGAAAAUGAGAUUCUACAAUCAUGGGAAUGUCCAAACUGACCUUAUCACACUACAAUUAAAAGACAGUUAAUCUUUGAUGCACUAGGAAACUGUCAGUAUGGUAUUUGCUGGUGCCCCUGGUCUUGUGGACAAAGAGAGGAUUGUGUUGCUGUUUUUGAGCCAGCAGGAGGCGAGCAUGUUUGUCUGGCCACAGUGCCAGUGUGAGCUAAUUUUUCUUCACAACCACUGAAGCUUGUCUCCAGUGCCGGACCAUAGGAGCAAGAGUUGCAGCCAUUUGGCCCAUUGGUCCUUCCUUUGAAUUUCAAGACUGCCCCCUCUCCUUGCAGUGCCUAACUCUUGUCUACUCUCCCUGUAGACCAGAGUGACCCUGCUGUCCCCAACAUGGCGUCGUCCAGGCUGAAAUAUCUGUCCCUGGGGGUGCUGGUGUUUCAGACCACCUCUCUGGUGCUGACCAUGCGCUACUCCCGCACACUGCAAGGGGACGGCCCCCGCUACCUGGCCUCCUCUGCUGUGGUGGUGGCUGAGCUCAUGAAGAUCAUCACCUGUGUGCUGCUCAUAUUCAAAGAGCAAAGUGAGUGUCCUCAAAGAAAAUAAAACUGUUUAAAAAUAUACAUGUGCAAGUAUACAUUUAGGCCUAAAGGAUUAAACAUUUAGGCCUAAAGGAUGUUGCCAUGGUUGUUUAAGAUAUAGGCUGCAAGCUGACCCUCCAUUUGUCUCCCUCUGAAGUUUAAAGUUUUGUUAGUCGUAUGUACAUGAUACACAUGGUAUACACUGUCCAAUUAAAUGCUUACUUGUCUCCCUCUCUUCUGUCUGGCUGUGUUUCUCAGGCUACAGUGUUCGGGCUCUGAACAGUAUUCUGAGGCAGGAGAUCACUCACAAGCCUAUAGAGACCCUGAAGCUGGCCAUUCCUUCUGGGAUCUACACCCUGCAGAACAAUCUGCUCUAUGUGGCUCUGUCCAACCUGGAUGCUGCCACCUACCAGGUAGGACAACCUGUUAUGGAGUGUGUGUGUGUGUCUGUUUUGUAAUUGUAUGGACACAUGCAUAUGUUUCUGUGUGGGAUAUAUAUUUGUGUCCGGGGUAGUAUACUUUUUAUGGUCUCUAAAUGGUGUCCCCUGCUUUCACCUGGCUCUCUCCACCAGGUGACGUACCAGCUGAAGAUCCUCACCACAGCCAUGUUCUCAGUGUCCAUGCUGGGCCGGAGGCUGGGUGUGUACCAGUGGCUCUCCCUGCUCAUCCUCAUGGCUGGGGUCGCACUUGUGCAGGUAAACUCUACUCUAACUCCUUUACAAUCAAUUUUUUUUAAACCUGCAUUUACACACUCCAGUGACUAAAUUGUUUUAGUGCAAGUGUGUGUAUUUUGGUUUGUGUAUAUUUUUGUGUGUCCAAUGUCUAGUGGCCCUCUGAGUCUCCCGGGGCCCCUGAGAAGGAGCAGUUGUCUGAAGGGUCCCAGUUUGUGGGUGUGGUGGCGGUGCUGGUGGCCUGCUGCUCUAGUGGCUUCGCUGGUGUUUAUUUUGAGAAGAUCCUCAAAGAGACCAAACAGAGCGUCUGGGUCCGCAACAUCCAACUGGGUCAGUAUGAAAGGUUUCUACUAUACUAGGGUUGUCUUGCAAUAAGGGCACUUGUUCCAGUUUUUCAUCCCAGAAUUGCCCCAUUAUUUUUCAAGAUAUGUUAUUUAUGACAGAGCUCCAGUAUCUCUACCGGGUCUUUGAAAGGAGUUUUUACAGUGUUCCUUCCUCCUCACUGCACAGAAACCCUGCGUUUUUCUCUCAGCUCCUUUUCUGCCAAAUGAGUCUUCCUGCUGAGUUUAUUUUUACCUCUGAACGUGUGAAGCGUGUGUUAAUUCUCCUGUGAUUCAUUUCCUGGUGUGAACUUGUGCUAGUUUCCUGUAUCGAGUGUAUGUACAAAGAAGAGACUGCAUUCAUCCUCAUAAAGAAUGGAUCAGCGUAGUGUUUUGGCAUUAAUGUAUUCAUGUCUAUGGAUGUAGACAUGAUUGAUUUCCAGUCAAGCACUACAGGUUAUUGUUUUUUGAUGAAUGGCGGCAGGGUUAUGCUAAAUCUACUUUCCUAUCAAUCCUACAUCAGUUCAAACUAUCAUAUCAUCUGACCUGUGUGUCUGUCUGUAGGAAUGUUUGGCCUGGUGUUUGGUCUGAUGGGGAUGUUUGCGUACGAUGGGGAGAGAGUCCGAGAAUCUGGGAUGUUCCAGGGAUACAACACAAUCACCUGGACAGUGGUGGCUCUGCAGGUACAUCUCACUAUUGUCUUUUCACUUCACCUAUCAGCUUCAGGUCAAAUUUAGCCAAAUGUAAUGCUAAUUCGCAAGCUACCAAUGUGGAGAAAUAGUGUUCUGUUUUUUAUUUAUAUAUAUAUUUUUUUUAAAGGACAAUGGAAUUCCGAAAUCCUUCCAUAUUUUUAUGUCAGGAUACAAGCAGAAGCAGGGGGACAGAGUAGAGGGAGCAGAAAUGCAUAUUAUGGCUCAUGUGGGGAUUCGAAUCGGGGUCCUCCCCACAGGGGGAAGUAUAUGGUUCCAGAUGCGAGAGUGUUACCCACUUAACCAGACUCCAGUCAAAUAGUGUUCAGUUUUAAGUGAAAAAGCAUGCUCUGUUAAUAUUGCUGAAUGAAUAUUGCCAUGCCUCUUUACUAAGGGAAUAUUGCUUGAUCUGAUUCCAAUUGUGUAAGCCUAGUAGUAUUAUUGUGUCCCUUUUGCCCAGACUACCCCACUGCUCAUCCAGUCCAUGUCUGGUGUGUGUUUCUCUAGGCACUAGGAGGGCUGGUUAUAGCAGCUGUCAUCAAGUAUGCAGACAACAUCCUGAAGGGCUUUGCCACAUCACUCUCCAUCAUCCUGUCAACCCUCAUAUCCUACUUCUGGCUGCAGGACUUCGACCCCACUAGGUACACACAUUCUAGCCAGGUUAUUUUAAUUUCCUAUUUUAAUGUCCCUUGGGUCUGUUUUUAAUUUAUUUGUGUCCUCUCCAGUGUGUUCUUCCUUGGUGCAGUACUGGUCAUUGUGGCCACCUUCCUGUAUGGCUACGAGGACAAGCCAUCCUCCAACCCCAGCCGAGCCUAG